GUGCAGCAGAUGGAGUACCAAAACAACCGGGACAAGUGCCAGAGUCUCAAGGAACUGGAGGAAUUCGAGCGGAAGAUGGCGCAGAGCUGCAACGAUUUGUGUACGUGCCAGAAUGAGAACCGGAGAUUGAGGAGAUGUUUACAGGAGAAGGAAGAAGAGAUGCACAACCUGACUUCAGAGAUCAACCUGUUGUCGCGAGAGCUCCAGAGCGAGAAGCUGGAGAGCGACCGGCACCAGGAUCGAGCGGUGAACCUGGAGAACGACAACAAGGAGAUCUGUCGCUUGCUGCAACAGAAGGUUAAGUGCA